CGAGGAGCAGCCGCCGAGCCUGCUCCGCCGCGAGAGGUCCGAGCCGUGCCUGUCCCAACCCAGGAUCGGCGAUGUGUGCCCUGCCUGCGACGAGCAAGCUCGGGACAGCUGGCGAAGGGCCUUCUGGAGCUCAGACGGCGACGCCCGCCUCGCGGAGCCGCUCGCCGAUGGCUCCGCGUCACCGCCGCCGCGGGCGCAGGCGGAGCUGCCGACCUCCGCGGGGCCCGCCGAGAGUGGCCGAGUGGGGCAGCGGCGUGGUCACCGUCAUGAUCCGGCAGCUCCCGCGCCAGUACACCCAGCUGAUGUUCCUGGAGGAGCUCAACAGCCGGGGCUUCGAGGGCCUUUUUGACUUUGUGUACUUCCCGUUCGACAGCAAGAAGGAUUGUAACGUCGGGUAUGGCUUCGUGAAUUUCACCGAGGUGGAGCACGCCGAGCGGUUCCGCAACGAGUUUGAUGGAAUGUACCUGGCCCACUCGCUGAGGAACCACGGAAAGCCCUUGAGGAUUCACCCUGCUGCCAUGCAAGGGUACGAGGCGAACUACCACCACUUCGAGAAGUCGAAGGCCAGCAACAGCCAGGACGUGAAGCACGGCCCGCUCUUCCUGGAGCCGGGCCUGGGCGCGGCCGCGCCGGGCCUCGUGGGGCAGGCGAGCCUCGAGGGCGGCCCCGGCGCCCCGCAGCCUGCCGGGGGCGCCGCGCGGCAGCUUGCGGAGGCGCAGGUGCAGGACCGCUGCCCUGCCCCUCUGCCGCGCAGGGCGGCCCGCCUGGGCGCGGCUGCGCCGGGCUUGGCCUCGCGCCGCAGGCGGCGCCCUGGUGCGGGCAGGCACGCGGCCGCGGCUGAGGGGCGCUGAGCCCUGAUCACGUUCGGCGGCCCAGUGAGGCCGCGCGCGCCCGCUCGCCUCUGCACGCUCGCCGGCCGCGCCAGCGCCUGGUGCCGCACGCGCCACCACAGCCGCGGCGCGACGGGAGCGGAGGAGACCGGGGCUCGAGGCCUGCGGGCCCCCCUCGGCCCUCCCGGGCCUCCAGGGGGCCUCUCGUCGCCGCGUUUGGAUGCGCCUCAACGGCUUGAUCGGGGAGCGCCCAGGUUACGGGUCCUGGGGGGUGAUUUUCUCAUCCCGCGGGGAGGUUCGAGGACCGAGGCUUGAGGACAAAUCAAAGGGACCGUGAGCGGGGGUUUGCAUUCGAAUCAGCUCGGCUUGCGCUCGACAGCCUUUGGUGUCUGGUUGUCGUAAGCUGUUCUCUGUAGUAUAUACUUUCCCCACGGCGGAUUUGUCAUAUUUCAUGUGUGCACGCGAUGUCGGCGUUUCAUGAACUUCUGAGCCGGUAGGGAUUCCCAACCUGCUGUGGCGUCGCGUGUGUGUAAUAGGCGUCCUGCCUGCGUUUUCCGUGGAGUGCCAUCUCGCGCGUUUAGCGCUAUUUGAUCGGCGCGUAGGCCACAAGCUGGCUUGACCCGAGCCAAAAUGCCUACGGGUCUCAGUUGUCUGUUCUUUUACGCCACGCGUGUCACAUCUCAUGUGCUAGGCAUCGACGGGCUCUUGCACGCGAUGUCGGCGUUUCAUGAACUUCUGAGCCGGUAGGGAUUCCCAACCUGCUGUGGCGUCGCGUGUGUGUAAUAGGCGUCCUGCCUGCGUUUUCCGCGGAGUGCCAUCCUUGCGCGCAUAGCGCUAUUUGAUCUGCGCGUAGGCCACAAGCUGCCUUGACCCGAGCCGAAAUGCCUACGGGUCUCAGUUGUCUGUUCUUUUACGCCACGCGUGUCACAUCUCAUGUGCUAGGCAUCGACGGGCUCUUGCACGCGAUGUCGGCGUUUCAUGAACUUCUGAGCCGGUAGGGAUUCCCAACCUGCUGUGGCGUCGCGUGUGUGUAAUAGGCGUCCUGCCUGCGUUUUCCGUGGGGUGGCACCCUCGCGCGUUUAGCGCUAUUUUUGUCUUUUCUUUUACGCCACGCGUGUCACAUCUCAUGUGCUAGGCAUCGACGGGCUCUUGCACGCGAUGUCGGCGUUUCAUGAACUUCUGAGCCGGUAGGGAUUCCCAACCUGCUGUGGCGUCGCGUGUGUGUAAUAGGCGUCCUGCCUGCGUUUUCCGUGGAGUGCCAUCCCCGCGCGUUUAGCGCUAUUUGAUCGGCGCGUAGGCCAAACUGGCAAGCUGCCUGAACCUAAGCUGGCAAGCUGGCGCUAUUUUGUCGGCGGUAGCGUUGACGUGAGGGGGGACGACCUUCUCAGAAAGUGGGGGGUUCCUGAGAAGGCAGAGGCCUUCUUUGGCGGGCCCUUCAGAAGCGUCCAAGACGGCUUCUUGGAAGCCAGGAUCGCUAGAAAAGGGGCCAGUGCCUUCUCCCCCCCGCCUUCUCAGACUGCGGCCCCCUC